GGAAACGACUCCUCCCUUGAGAGUCAAAAUACUGACAUUUCACUGCAAAUAUUCAUUUUAUCUUUGGAAGCGUAUGCAUUGCUCGGGAUCUGCCUUCACAAAAUGGUAAUGUUUAAGUCUGUCACACUGGAUGCAGUUUAAAGACAAAUUUUAUCGUCAGAACAACCAUUCUUACUCCAUUUUACUCUUGCAGGGAAGUUUAUCGGAAGAUCAAAUAGCAGGUAGGGGCGACGUGAUAUGAAGUUUCAUGAAUUUUCCAAUCAUCACGUUUUCCUUUCUUGUCAAUUUUCCCGUAAAAUGGUUCAACUGGUCGAUAUGUUUUUUCUCUGUCAUCUCCAGAACAUAAGGAAGCCUUUUUACUUUUCGAUAAGAGAGGAGAUGGAAAAGUUGACUCUGCUCAACUUGGAGAAAUCCUUCGAUCUCUUGGAUUGAACCCCACCGAAGCUGAUGUCAAGAAGGUUUUGAAGGAAGUAGAUCCAAGCGGUAGGAAACUUGUUAUAGUGAAGAUAUAAUUAUAAUAGUUAACACAACACUAAAGAAAGCUUCGAACUGAGUAGAUUCCUCAUCGAAAAUUGCCGACAUAUCCAUCUGAACUGCGGUUUCGAAAGCAUGUUUACAUAACACAACGUCGACGUUUUAGAAUUGUUUAAGCUUAUGUUUUUGUACAUAAUAAACCUCGGAAAUUCUUUUAUCGUUUUGGGCAAUUUCCUCUGCCUUUCAUAGGUUUCACUCUAUAAAGUAACCGUUUUACUUGAGGAAUUUAACUGCCUUUGCUUUGCUAGCGAAUAAUGAACGACAUCAUAACAUACGAAAAAUUGUUUGCUCGCUUCACCAAGGAAGAAUGUAGCUUAAACAAACUUCAGUUUCUGAAAAAAAAAAUUUGAUGAUUCCAGCUGUGAUGCAUGUGCAGGUCUACAAAUUUAAGAAUGUCUGUCGCGAUCAUUUAAUAAUCUGACCCUUUGUAUUGAUCUGCUAAUCAACCCACGUUACCAAGACGACACGAGAGUUUGGGCAAAAUAAGUUUAUUGAACCAAGCGGAGAAAGCUGACCGAUAGCUUGACAAUAAACCAAGACGCAACUAGAUUAAAUUAAAUGAAACGAAGGGACAAUAUGGUUAUAAACUCAACAAGAAUACUGAGAUAUAAGGGGGGGAGAGGUGGGCAAGAGGUUACGCGUCGCCUCCGGAUCUAACAAAAGAUGACCGGUUAAGAAUGUGCGCUCGUUUAUAUAAGACAUUUGACACCUCCGUAACUAGUUAAUUAACGAUCAUUAAUAAAUGAUUACUCAAUCAACCCACGUUACCAAGACGACACGAGAGUUUGGGCAAAAUAAGUUUAUUGAACCAAGCGGAGAAAGCUGACCGAUAGCUUGACAAUAAACCAAGACGCCAAAGUGCCCAAACUAGAGUGAGAAUAUUGGUAGUGGGUUGAAAGAAGACUAAGGCAUAAGUCGAUAAUAAAACUUAGUCGGAAAACAUAGACUGAAGCGUUAGGGCCAUAGCCUUGGCUGCCUGCUGUUUUUGUGUCUGAGAUAAUUCUAAAUAAACAAGAUAAGCGUCGCUCUUCCAGUCUCCCUGCAGUUUGAUUAUUUCGGAUGGAAUAUGGCAAUCAAAUGCGAAAGUCGCCCCACCCCUUCGAAAACUAUGAGGAGAGUAAAGGGACGGAUCUAAAUUGAGCGUAGACAUAACCCGCGAAAGAAAAGCGCAAAAUUGCUUGUAAGUAAUUGGUACUAAACCCGACCCGGAGGAAACUGAAAAAAGGGGGGCAGACACGGGGCCCGGGUUGAGCGCGAAAUGGCGUCGCAAAGCCGAAAUCGGACAAAGGCGAGAGCCAGGAAUCACGGGAAUUGGCAAAAUAAGAGAGCGUUGCUGACACUGAAUGGUCUUCGUGGCUGAAACAUGGAUAUUUGCGCCCGAAGACGUGAAAACCAAAUCUGCCCGCGUGAUAACCUUGGGGGAGAUUUUCCUCGGAUUAUCGAGUACUAGAUUGGAGUUACGCAAAAAGGUGAAGAAAGCAACUAAAAACAGAGCCCACAUAGCCGCAUGUAGCGGUAAAGAAAAAUUGAAAAGAUCAAACGCGGCAUGCAAAAUUGAAGGUGUCAUGGCCGAUUUACGAGAAACGGCCGCACCCAGAAAACGCUUGGCGCCUCGUAAUAAAAGCUGAAAGCGGUAAUCGGAACUCCAAGUGAGUUCAGACCCGGCAAGUUGAUGAGCGUGUUUAAGACUACUAAUAUGGUUAAGCACGGUACCGUAAGCCCGUUUCUGCGCGACUAAAUAUGCUACAUACAAGCUAAUCGAUUUAACACUAAUAGGAAAGGACUGAAGAGCCCUCAGGUCACAAAAAGUCCGAUAACUACGAAUAUGAGCAGCUAUAUUCUUCUGUGUCGAUGUUGCGUGUGCACAGGAGAUGAGACGUGAGACGAAAGACUGCAAUGUGACGAUAGAAACAUCUGACCGGGAAUGCUGACCUGAUCCCGGAGGGAGGUCUACAAGAGAAAAACAAAACUAAAUAAAAAGAGUGUCACGCAACAUCGAAAGAAAAACAAGCAGAGUCAACAUCUUGAAAAUAGAAAACUUGAUUAAAGUCACUACAAAAGCGAUAAAAGCUGUCGCGAGCUGAAGGAUCGGAGUGCCAGCGACUAAGACAAUCAGCAAACUGAUUGUGUUUGCCAGGAACAUGGAGCGCGCGGACUUCAAAGUCAAAGAGAGCAGAGGUGAACCAUAACUGGCGUAGGCAGCGCUGCAUAAAAGGAUCUUUUGAUGCAUUGGAUGAGAUGACCGUAACAGCCGCGGAGUUAUCACAUGCCACGAUGAAUUUUCGACCUUGUAACUGAGCAGCCCAGUGUUUUAGAGCGACAACGAUAGUGAACAGUUCCAGAGCAUUAAUGUGAAGAGAUUGGAGAGAAAUGCAAUCAGGAAAAACAAAACUGAUACACUGUGUUUGGCAAGUGGCACCACCCCCUUGAAGACAAGCAUCGGUGGAGAAAUUCAGGCCCUCGAAAUCCCACAGUGAAGGUUUGAUAAGUGAAAUGCGGUGAUAGCGUGGAAGGAAUUCAAACCACCAUUGGAUGUCCAAAAGCAUAGUGGCGGAAAUGGGGUACCGAUGACUAGCAGCGUGAUGUUUGCAUUCGCGAAGACAUUGUAGAAGUCUGGCCAUGAAGAUUCUCCCAGGCUUGACACAUGCCGUAACAAAAGAGAGCUUUCCCAGGAGCGAUUGAAGUUGUCUCUUAGUAAAAGAUGAAGAUUGUUUCCAGAUGAUAAGCUCAGCUCGUAAAUCCUCCAGACGUGAGGCUGGUACCUCUAGAGUGAAGGCUUCAGUAUCAACGGAAAUGCCAAGACAAAUCAUUGAAGUGGAAGGUGGCGUGUCCUUUUCCGGAGAAGAAUCCAAGCCAAGUUGCUGGAAUAAUUGUCCAAGCUGUGAAAAAGCCUGAGGAGCAAGAGACGGAUAUUCGGCUCCGUAAAAGUCAUCCAAAUAGACAUCCGCCGAAAAUCCCUGCCCAUUAAAGAUGUGAACGACGGCUUUGGUUGUGCGCUGACAAAUCAGUGCCGACGAUCGUAAGCCAAAGGGACAACGAGUAUCAAAGUAGAACUGUCCUUGGUAACAAAACCCGAGCAGACUAUAGUCCUUAGGAUCAACAGGAAACUGUCUAUAAGCGCGACGUAAGUCUUUCUUAAACACGAGACAGUUACGGCCUUUAGCAAGAAUAAAGUCAACAAGCCGAUCUAUUCCAGGUAAACGCAACUUAAACUGUUCGCCUAAAUAUGUAUCGGGCGGAAUACCGUCAUUCACUGAAGAUCCUCGGGGAAAACUAAGAUCCAUAACCACUCUGCGAGUCGAAGAGCCGCGUUUAGGGACCGUUUGAAGCGGAGAACACACAAAGGCGUCUGCGAAGGGAGGAUUAGGGAAAGGACCAGCGAUGGCAUUGUAAGACAGCUCGGUAUCCAGAUAGGUUUGCACGUGAGAGUGAAAGUUUGAAGCGGACGGAUGAUUAUGAGAUGAUGAGACAGGACGUGUAGCGGCAGUGUAGUUGAUGGGCCAACCGUAUGAAAGAAAAUCAACCACAAUGUUAUCAUGAUAAUCAGCAAGCGAGGUUCUCCACGUUGCCAGCAAAAGCGAAGAUGGAACUAAAACCUUAGCGCCGAAAGCAUUUGGUUGAGGAUAACGCGAGGCACGUAAAUAACGUACCACAGCUGCGGUGUUGAAAGAUUCGUGUCCGUGUCCGUGCCGGGUCGAAGAGGUUAAUGUGUUGGGAACUUGUAAAGCUGAUUGUCACUGUGCCGGAAUUGGUGUGCGGCGUUUCGGACAGUGUAACAUCGGAUGAUCCGCUUUGCAGACCCGACAACGAUGGUGUUCGCUAUAGGCUGCACUGUCCUGUUUGUCGCAAUCACAAGUACCAGUAUAAUUCCACGCUCUACAUGCCUUUAGACCGGGUUUGCCUGCCUGCUGAUUUGAAGGUGUGCUAUUGCCAGAAUGCCAAGAAUUCGGUUGCGAAACUUGCGCGAUCUCGUGUUGCGAGGAGGAAGAGCGAAGAUCCGAAUGGCGAAAAAAGGUCGUGGCCUGAUCAUUGAUAGCCUUGGAAUCUUGCCAUUCCAAACGGCGCUGCUCCACUUGUUUCGCAACGAACUUAUGAAAAGCCCGCACGCUGGACCAGGAGUAACUGAUGGAUUUAAUCAUGAGUAAUUCGAGGUGGACCAGGAACGCCUCCUUCAGCUGCGACUCAUACGUUUUUAUCAUGACUAAAAAGCCGGCUACAAACUCUGCAAGAUUUAACUUUUCAUACUCGCCUUGAACACUGGGCACGAAGUCGUGAGGCCAGUCGAUGGGUCUUUUAGUGCGUCGUUGGGAGGUUGGCUCUGUAACAUCGUCGGCGAAACCGCCGCGCGUGUUUUCUUGGGGGCGUUCCCGAGAGCUCAGAGUAAGAACUUGCAACUCCAAUUCGAGCUUGUCUUUCUGGAGCUGGACAAGUUGAAUUUGUUGCUCAAAAGUGAGCGUGUUUCCUGAAUCCACUGAAGAGGUUGCCGGCGGCGAAGGGUCAGGAACCGUGGGUGAUUUGGAUUUGAAGGACUUCUGCUUUCGCUGCUUUGUUUUCGGUAUGUUGUCGGCAUCGUCCUCUACUUCUAGAGCCUCUGAAAACAACGAGUGUGAGGGAAGAUCGUAGAGGAAAUCCGGAUCGUACGCUGGUUUGGGAGCGCGCUUUGGACGUGCGCCGGCUGAGAGUGACAUUACGAAAAGAGCUUGGAGCGACGAACGUGAAGACAAGAGGUUACGCGUCGCCUCCGGAUCUAACAAAAGAUGACCGGUUAAGAAUGUGCGCUCGUUUAUAUAAGACAUUUGACACCUCCGUAACUAGUUAAUUAACGAUCAUUAAUAAAUGAUUACUCAAGUUUCUGCAUGGGAAGCCGGUCCGCUUUGUCCCAACAACAAUGAUUCUCACUGUGAUUUUGCUGUGGGUCAUUAAUCAUCAAAGCAAGGAGGUCUUUUAUAUUACGGGUAAUUAGCAAAUGUUGGGAUUAUGCAUUUGCUGCAACAGACACAUCAUUGAUCAGCUGGCUUAGUUCACAGGUAAACAAUGAAAGACCUACACAGACCGGCCCCUACUAUCUGUCUUAGAGAGGCAGGGCUGUCAACCCCCCACGUCUUCAAAUAUUGAGAAUGGAUGGGAAAGGGAUGAUAGAUGACGUCAUAACGCACGGCACAUUACAUCAUUUGUGAAAAAACAAGUGCAAAAAAGAUGUUGUUGGAACUGUAACAUUUGACUUAACUGGUUUUCUUCCCAUCAAUCAUAUUAUUGCUUAUAUUACAAUGGCCUACCGGAGAUUGUUAGGAAAAGUUCGAUUUUACCAGUAAAAUAGGUGGUUUUCAAGUUACGUCAUCGCCGCAAAGCUGGUGGACGGUAAACAAAAGAUCGCUCAUUAGCUCGCUUUAUUUGUCCACCAGCAUUUGUUCAUUUCACCAUUGUUAUUUGUGUCUCGCGAGAUUGCAUGAAAACCACCUAUAGCUCAAACAACACAAAAUAUUUGAAAUUUCAUUGACAGAAAGUCGAAUCUACAAGAAAUGGCAAACUUCGGCAAUUAUCCCGGGAGAUUUCAGACUCUAAUCUGGAGACCGGGAGAAACGGUUCAAAAUCUGGAGUCUCCCGGAUUAUCCAGGAAAGUUGAUAGCCCUGAAGAGGUGUCAGUUUGCUUAAAGAGGGGGACAUGUGGGUUUACAGUAUUGCACUAUUGAGCUUUUUUCAAGCUGUAUUGUGGUAAUUUUGAUUUUAAUGUACGGUGUUGGGGUAUAAUCCAGCCCUGCGGUAUGCAGUUUUUCAUCCUUCUAGCCAAGACGAUCCUUCACAGUAUUGCGGUACCGUUCAUUUGGCCUCUCCUGUCUCAUGUAGGUCAAUAUUUGGAAGACUUCAGACAUAACGGUAAAUGAUUACACAAUAUUGUGACAGUUACUCUUUCAUGAAAUUGGUAGGACAUCCAAUGACGAGGCUUUUUGAUCGCUAUACCAAUCAGUUCAAGGUCUUCUCACAUUUUCUGGCAAUAGCUGAGGUUGAUUUCUGGUGUAUAUAUGCUUGAGAUAAACAAACAUACAAUAUGGAUACAACUUCAAGUAAGCGUGACCAGUCAUAAAUACGGUAUCUGUUUUUCGUCGAUUUUCGACACGGUAUUGCGGUAUUUUAUACCUGCCAACUCUCACGCCUUAGGCGUGAGUCUCAAUCCUGCGGGUUGAAAACUUCGAUCUCACGCCGGCUCACGCUUGCGAGCCAAUUUCUCACGCCUGAUUGACAAAUGUGGGUUGUUGCCGUCUUGCAAUUUCCAAAAAUAUGUUAACUCAGACCCAGGUAAGGAGCGAAAACCAAGUGUAAAAUGAAUAAAUCACAAUACCUUCCUUCGCGAUCUCUGAUUUUGUGGAUAGGCGUUUCCUCGAUAACUUCGCCUUCGGCAGACUUCGGACGUCUUCGGAAGACUUCAGACUUCUUCGGAAGACUUCGGAUUUCUUUCUUCACGCUUAUAUCUCAGAAAAAGUUGGCAGGUAUAGUAUUUGCCAAUUUUUCUUACAGUAUUGUGGUAUUGGUUACCCCACAAUGUCCCCCUCCUUAAAGAGAGUCAAGGUAACAUGACACCAGUAAAAACUUCAGCUGAACCCAUUCGCAUUGAAUAACUGUCUGUUUAACUUACAAUGUAUGCAAAACAACUAAAACUGGAACAUUGAAACAGAAGAGGGGAAUCAUUUUCUUAUUAAGCAAUUAAAUGUUCAUCAUGGGCAAACGUUUAUGGUUUUCUUGUCUAAAAACAUAACAGUAUACACUCUGCAAACUGGAAAAAUACUACAAAAUUUUUAAAUUUUUUAAAGCUGGAGAAAGACUAACAAAAUUUAAAAAUUUUUGCAGUGUACUGUCAUAUAGAGCACCUACGUUUCUGUUUGAGGUAAUUUUUUACUGCAUAAAGCACUUCUCAAAAGUGUCCGUUUACAAUUACAAAAGUGUCCGUUGUCCAUCUUAGAGAGGUGUCACCUUAUAGAGAAUAUACAGUCGAACCUCCAUGUGCAAACACCUCUCAUAAGUGACCACUUCCCAUGAGCAACUACCAAUCCAAAACACUAAAAUUUUCCCAGUGAAAGCCUUACGGUUGGAACCUCUAGUAAAUGACCAGCUUCUGUAAAUGACUGCGACCACUGUUUGGGACUGAUGGUUAAUGAUUUCCCAUUGUUUUUAACCUCUUGUAAGUGACCAUCACUUGAUGGGUUCUCUGACCUCUAUGUUCAUUUUGUGCACUACAGUAGUUCGAAUAUACAAAGAACUUUAGUGACAACAUGGAACUGCACAUGUCAUAACUUAGACAUUACAUGCAACACAUUAUCUUCGAUAAAGCAGAUGUGUCUGGACCUCAUCUCGGAAAAAGUCCCCUGUGGUUCGAUUCUUGAAAAAUGACCACCUUGCAAGAGCGACCACUCAGUCAUUGCAUUUUGGGUGGUUGCUUACUGUAAAAGUGGCAGGGACCAGCACCAGGGGUCUGUCUUGGUGUUUGUCUAAUGGAGAUGUCUGUUAAGAGAGAUUUGAACCAAUCAAUUUGAAACUUCAACAUCCCCCGCACCCAAACCCUGGGUAUUUGACCAUUACUAAUGCCAGGGGAUCGACCGAAGUGGGGAAUUUGACCAUGCCUGGGUGAGGCGGAAAAUGUAUAAAAUUGGAGGUGUUAUGUUUAACUUCUUUGGACAAUCUGGGUCUGACAACGUGGUUCAAUAGUUGCAAUAUUCCUCAUAGUGAGAUGGAAGAGUUUUUUAGGAAGGGAAAGAGCUGUUUAAAUAAAUGGCUUGUUCAACUAGGACUUGAAAAGCUACAAUUUAUAAGUGUGGUUUUGAAGAUAUAAUGUAUGGUAAUGAGAUCAACUCACUAUUUAACUGUGUUGUAGUUCAAUAUUUAUUGCUGUUCAAUGUCAUAUACAUGUUAAGUCCGGAAAAUUCACUUAGUCUCUUUUUUUGAAUUCACAAAUAUUAUCGACAUUAUUUUCUACACUGUAUAAACAGUUCUUCCUUGGGAGAGCAUUUGACCACUACAUGCACAUUUGGCAGACCUUGCAUAAUUUGGGCACCCCUCGUUCGAGUAUCGGUUGACACUAUCCACCAGUUAUUGGCCAUUACCCCGUCAACAUGUUGGCAGGCAUCUUGGUCAGCACUCAGUCAACAUGCCGGUUGACUAUCAGAUGACAUGUCAGCCAACCACUCGGCAGACACUCAAUUGCAAGUAAUAAUUAUAUACAUGUAUGGAUACCAAAUACAUGUUUAUACAGCAAGUGUCAAGGGUUGGCAGAAUAUCCCUGCGCUAUGUGUGGUGCUUGUGUAUAAAGUAAUAAUUGAGUUAAUCAGAACUGAUAUGUAAGAACAGACAGUAGCUUAACGAAACGUUUAACAAAGUAGCCCAAUUAAAAAAAUUAAAUUAGCUGCAAAUUGGCACACCUAUUCUCUCAAACUCUGUGCCUCCUCUAUCAAGUAAGGAUACAAGUUUGAAGAAAAGAAUUGAGCGGAUACUUGCAAUUUAUGCUCUCACAUUCAUUAGACUGGUCAAAGCUCCAAAAAUCCCUUAAAAAUAGGUGCCUAGACAAUGGACCAAAAGAAUUUGAAAUGACAUGCAGGAAAUAUGACUCCAGAGAAAAUAUGACCAAGUAUCAGUAAAGUAUUGACCUAUCGAUUGAUGCAUUGGCCAAUUAUUGGUCAACAUUCUGACACACUAUUGGCUGAUAUGUUGGUCCUCAUGCAGGCCGAGUCUCUGUCGGCUAUGAGUCGACAUACAGCGUACACUCGGCCGAUUGAUGUCAACUACCAUAUAUUGACUGAUCCUACAAAGAACUGAAAUUUUGAUUUUAGUGAUCUGAAAUGUAAGGUUAAGGAUUACUGAGAUGCAUACUGCAGACUCACACCUAAAAUGCAAAAAUGUGUGUUAUGUUUGUUUUCCUUUUCAGGUAGUAAACGCAUCUCCUUUGAGGAAUUUUUGCCAAUUUUCCUUUCAAUUGGAGGAAAAACAUCAACUAACACUUCCAUUGAAGGUUUUGUAGAUGGUUUGCGUGUCUUCGACAGAGAUGGAAAUGGCCAGAUCUCAGCUGCAGAACUGCGACAUGUUCUCACAGGACUUGGUAGGGUAAUCAUUGAUACUCUCUGGAGAGUACGCAUCAUAGGAUGAGUACUCUGACUCACAGAAUGAUGCAUACCCUCUGCUCAUAGAAUGGCGGGCACCAACAAUAGAAAGUAAAUGGUGAAAAAAAGCCAAGAACAAAUGAAAAUGCUAGAAUUAUUGGUUUUGAUACCGGUUGGUACAUGUUCAUAAUGUAGUUAAGUUUUUCUGGAAACUUUCUACACCAGAGAUUCGCACAGUUGUUCUCUUUUUUUCACAAUUUCGCUCCAUCACAAAAUAUACAUUAACCCUUUGAUGACUGCUUUGGUCAUUUUCAAUUCAUUUGGAAGGUGCAGAUUUUCCUUCCUGGACCCAUUUAGCUGUCUUUAAUAAGUUGCUAAGCAGCAAUCUCAGCAAAGAUCUUACCAUCGAUACAUCCAAAGAAACACUAAAUAUGGGGAAAAAUCCACUGCUAAUUUCGCUCUUUACUCACUUCUCUUUGAGGAUUAAAUUUGUCCCUUUGCUAAAAAGCUAGCCAGCCACAAUUCCAGGCAAAAGUAAGUCAUGAUAAAGCUGGCAACAAAACUGCUCAUGAAGAAGAAAGGCAAAGGAAAAAUUAAAAGAGAGUGAGGAGAAAGAUUGAAAUAGAUUCGAAAAAAAUAAACAUGAAGCUCAAAAUUUGGCUUUUGCGCAUGUGAGAAAGACAAAAAAGCUGUUUACAUGUAAUGACAUUUGGUUAGCUUGUAAAUAUACCCUUUUUAUAAUACAUGCUAAAUUGACUGUCUUUGCAACCUAAUAACAGCUAGCUGUAUGUCACAACACAAUUGUGCAGAGCAACACUGUUUGAAACUAGUCAAGUCAUUUUUAAGGCCAGUGUCUCCCCACAACUGCCCAACUCUGUUUACAGGUCAAGCACAAGGCUAGCUUUUGUUGCUGAUGGUAAAUUACAACUUCCAAAGUUCAGGCAUGCAGAUUUGUUUGCCGCAGUUUUGUUCCUAGGCAACUGUGGACACAAACCUGCCAAUUCUAUAUGGGCCAUUGUAGAUUGUACUUUGCUAGGCAACCCUAGUUCCGCCUCUGGCACAAACCCUUUCAUGUACUCAUUAAACCGUUUUCUUGCUUGGUUCAAUAAAAAAUUUUUUAUCAUCGAACAAGAUAAAAUACACAAAGCAUUGUUAAUCAAGCAAGAAACUGAAUAAAUUGAAUUACAUCUUUAUGCUUUCCUAAUAUUUUGGACUAAUUCUCAUUGGGGGUGUCUCUUGGACAGGACUCAGGCGUUUAUUAGGCGGGGGUGUCUAAUAAAAUUUUAACUGUGUAUAGAGGGUUUUUUUUAUUAGAUAAGAGGUAUUUAUUUGGAAGUGGGCGUUUAUUAGGUCAUUUAUCGUUUAUGUUAUAUUUUUUAGGAGAGAAAAUGACUGAAGAAGAAGUAAAUUUACUUGUCAGUGGAAUAGAGGACCAACAAGGACAAAUUAACUAUGAAGGUAUAAUUAUGUAA